AUGGAGAAUGACCCCUCUCCCACCUCACCUGGGCAGGACAUCCAGGGGCAGAGUGGGGACAAACCUGCCCCUGCUCCAGGCCCCAUGGAGCAGCCGAGAGCCUGGCCCGAAGCAGCCAUGUGUGACAUCUCGGAGGAGUUGAGUCGGCAGCUGGAGGACAUCAUUAAAACCUAUGGGUCUGCCAUGAGCCUGAUGGAGAAGGAAAGUGCUGCUACAGGAACUGACAAGCCUGAGAAGGGAGAGCCAGGUAACUUGGAGGAUGCAGAGUAUGAAGAUGCAAAUGAGGAGAGUGAGAAAGAGAAGCUGGCUCCUGGGGAUGCUUCCAGAGCAAAGGAGCCCAGCGGCAGCAAGGAGCAAAAGCUGGAGAAGAAAAUCCUGAAAGGACUAGGGAAAGAAGGCACCCUACUGAUGCAAAGCUUGAAUAAGCUGAGUACUCCAGAAGAGAAGCUGGACCUGUUGUUUAAGAAGUAUGCUGAGCUGCUGGAAGAACAUCGUGCUGAGCAGAAAAAGCUGAAAUACCUACAGAAGAGACAGGCCCAGAUCACCAAGGAGAAGGACCAGCUGCAGAGUGAGCACAGCCGAGCCAUUCUCGCCCGCAGCAAGCUCGAAAGCCUGUGCAGGGAGCUCCAGAGGCACAACAAAAACCUCAAGGAGGAAACAAUUCAGCGGGCACGGGAGGAAGAUGAGAAGAGGAAAGAAAUAACUAAUCACUUCCAGGGCACACUGAGUGAAAUCCAGGCUCAGAUUGAGCAGCAAAGUGAGAGGAACAUGAAGCUCUGCCAGGAGAACACAGAGCUGGCAGAGAAGCUGAAGAGCAUCAUCGACCAGUACGAGCUGCGGGAAGAGCACCUUGAUAAAAUAUUUAAGCACAGAGAACUUCAACAGAAACUGGUGGAUGCCAAGUUGGAACAGUCUCAGGAAAUGAUGAAGGAAGCUGAGGAGCGACAUCAGAAAGAAAAGGAAUAUCUCCUGAACCAAGCUGCAGAAUGGAAGCUCCAGGCCAAAAUGUUAAAGGAGCAAGAGACUGUCCUGCAGGCACAGAUCACUCUCUACUCUGAAAGAUUUGAAGAAUUUCAGAAAACAUUGACCAAAAGCAAUGAAGUGUUUGCCACAUUCAAACAGGAGAUGGAAAAAAUGACAAAGAAAAUGAAGAAGCUGGAAAAGGAUACUGCUACAUGGAAAUCCAGGUUUGAGAACUGUAAUAGAGCAUUACUGGACAUGAUCGAAGAGAAAGCCAUGAGGUCCAAGGAAUAUGAGUGCUUUGUGCUGAAAAUCCAGAGGCUAGAGAACCUUUGCCGUGCUCUGCAGGAAGAGAGGAAUGAAUUGUACAAAAAAAUAAAGCAAGCACAGUUCCCAGAAGAGGUGAAUGGAAAUGGCAUCUUAGAAGAAGAAGAAGAAGAAGAAGAAGAACAAAAUGCUGUUGAUAUGAACCCCUCCUCCUCUGAGCAGGCGAGCACUGAGCUGCAUGAGAGUGACAAGAGCAUGCUGAAGGAGCUCGCUGAAGCUUUCAGGGUAUCCCAGAAGGCAGAGAAUUCCCUCCCAAGCAACAGCAGCAAUCCAGAGACCUGUGACACUCAAACAUGUAGUGCCACUCUGGUGCCAGAACUCCCUUCUCCUCUCACCCCACAGUCAGCGGGUGGGAACUGCUGUGAGCAGCCCAGCAUAAGCACACCAAUGCCCACUGAACACACGCCAGCACCCACUGAAAAUAUGACAACGCCCACUCAGAAUGUGCCAAAGCCCACCAAAAGCAUGCCCACACUUCCAGAAAGGAUGCCAAUAUGCACAGAAAGUGUGCCAAUACCUCCCGAGAGUGUGCCAGUACCCACUGGGAAUAUGUCAAAACCCAUGGAAAAUAUGCCAGCAAGGCCCGAAAACAUGCCAACACCCACACAAAACAUGCCUGCUCCCCUUGGGAAUAUGCCAGUGCCCACGAAAAGUCCACCAAAAGCUGCAGAGCCUGUGGAUGAUCCGGGAGAGCAGUCUGUCCGAAGCCAGUCCACAGAGCAAACAAGGGACGCAGACAUGGAAACAGUGAAUUGA